AUGGCCGACGCAGAUGAAGAGGCCAUUCGUGCCACUACGACGGAGGCUCCUCAGAUCGAGACCGAUCUGUCUGAUGAGACUCAGGACUUCCGCCUGCUGAACCAUCUCAACUUCCUGUCCGACACAUCCUCCGCCAGUCUCCCCCGCCGCGGCGAAAAAGACUUCGAGCCUAACCCGACCGAAUUUCAAGCCGAUGUUCUCUCCGCUUCGCGUGGGGCGAUGCACAAUGCGCUCGCACACCCGCGCAUUCACCACCCCAAGACCCAGGUCGUUGGUAUCUAUGCGCCGGACGGACCUACACCUCCACCGCAGGCGAUGGUCGAUGAAAAGGGUUUAGGUGUGUCGUCGGAUUAUUGCGUCUGUGUCCCUGUCCCGAAGGGCCAGUACUUCAAGACAAUUGGUCAAGCAGAUCGGUGGAACCGCGUGUGGCUGCUCCCCGAAGAGGCGAUGUACUUGAUGGAACGAGGCAGUCUGGAUAUCAAGUGGCCGAGAGAGCUGUCCGGUAUCGAUGCGGAUGACGUCAACGAGCCGCUCAUCCCAAUGAGUCUACAGGCGGCGUAUGCAUGCCUGCUUGGCCGUAGUGGCCUGACGCUCGAGCGGUAUACCGUCUUUACUGGAUUGAGGCGGCUGGGAUAUGCCGUUGUUAGAGCGUCUGGCUGGGAUGAUAAUGCUCAAGCAGAGGAUUCAAAGAACGAGAUCAACAAGCAUGCUUAUACUGAGCCCCAACAACGUGGGCCUGGUCUCGCUGGUAUCAUUGGGCGCUGUUUCGCCUGGCUAGAUGAUCCUUUCGGUACGAGUUCCACCGCGGCUGGUCCGAUCGUGGGAUGCGGUAUUCACCGAAACUACACCGACGUAUACCGCAAGCUCGCAACCAUACCCUGGUACGACCCAGCAAAGGCAGAGACUAGGGAUCCCCUCGACACAGAUGCUCCCUUCCGAGUUAUCUUCCACGUUUACAAGCCCUCAACACCGAUCAAAAAAUCCGCCUGGCCAACCCCAGAUUUCCGUAUUGCUGUGGUCAACGCCCGAGAGCAGACUUCAAUCCCUACAUUAGCACAGAUCGGCGCGCUGCUGGAAAGCACGCCUCUGGACCCGCCCCGAGGCGAGAAGAUGGACCGAUUGAUGUACAUGCGGUUGCGACACGGAUAUCGCAAUGUUGUUCUCGCGGUCGUUGACCAGGGCGUUACGAGUUUCCUGCGCAUCAGUGACGCUGCAUUCGGAAAGGAGAAGCUUUACGAGAACAAGGGUCCUCCCACGGGCCCGAAACGCGGUGGAAACUUCCGGCCGAAGAAGAGGUGA